AUGUUGGCCAGGGAUCGUGGUUCACAAGCAUCACAAGCAGAUUCUGUCGAUGAAGAACCUAUACCGCCCAAACCGUAUUCAUCGUAUUCCAACUUCCUAAACAGUGCUGUCAGCUCGCUUUCAUCACUCAGUUUGAAUGCUCUGUCUAACGCUGGGUUGGCAUUGCUGUCUUGGUAUCCAUUCCUUGCACUGAAUCCUUGGGGCCGUUUGGGAUUUGUUGCUUUACGUGCUGCUAAUUUCAAGUUACAUACUCUCAAAGUACAAGUAAUUCAAGGACGCAAUCUCACGGAUGAAACAGCCAUCGCAUUGGGCUCCAGCUCUUUAUACGUCAACUUGACAACUGGUGAUUCACGAGGUUCCUCACAAACCUUCCAGACUUCUGUCACUUCAAACCGAAUCAACUCAAACUGGAAUGUCGAAUUUGACAUAUCUGUUACAAACCGCAUCCCAACACUAGAAAUCCUACUCUGUGACACCAAACCAACAGGAACUGCUCACUUUGGACGUUUGGAAUUGUCUCUGGCAGACUUCUUCCGUGCAUGCUCAGCACCCAUGUUUGAAGAUCAGCGUAACGUACCCAUAUGGUAUCCACUAAGUAGCGGUAGCCGGCCAGGACAAAAGGCUGCAAGUGGAGAUCUACUCGUCAAGAUUGGUCUAGUUGGAGAGGUCGAUCAAUCCGUUCUUGAUGCUAUUGAGCAAGUUAUGGGUGGAGCUUAUUAUGCAUUACCCGUUGAACCAGCCCAAACAUUCGAACAAUUGCACUAUGAGCAAUUCACGUCAAAGAGAAAGUCAUAUGCAGGAAGUAUUCGCGUGGAAAUAGGUCAAUUCUCUCAAGAUUCAGAAAAGGAUGGAUUGGUCUCGCUUGAUGUGGUGGCCGCUUCCAAUCUUCCAACACCAAAAGGAAAUUCAGUGGGUGAUUGCAACCCAUUUGUCGUCAUUGGAUACAAGCAAGAGUCAUAUCGUACUCGGGUCAUUGUUCAUGCAACUGAUCCCGUCUGGAAUGAGCAACUGAGCUUACACGUCAUGCCAUACAUACCAAGCAAUCAAGUCCAAAUAACUGUACACGACAAGGAUCAUUUCUCAGGAGGCAAGGCAUUGGCAUCUGCUUCAGCACCUAUAGGACGCGUCAUCAGAUUAUGUAAAGAUGAGGUCUCAAAAGCUGUCGCAAAUCCAAAGACUGGAUGGACUGUUGGUAUUAGUUUGGAAUUGACUCCCAAUUUGACGGUCGCCAAGCCAACGAAAGAAGGCCCAACUCAUAUCAUUUUGAGGGCACGAUUUGUUCCUGUAAUUGAGUUGCGCCGACUGUUUCUGCUUACCUAUGCCAGAUACUAUGACACAAACGAAGACAAUCACAUCAACCGUGUCGAAUUGCAAACCAUUUUGGAUACUUUGGGUAGUACUCUCACUGAAGAAUCCAUUACUCGUCUUUUUGAUAGCGAGAGAUCUCUGGAAAUAGGCCUACCAUUUGACGCAUUUGUUGCAGCAGUUGAAUCCUGGAUUACUGGUCCUGAAGGGCAUGUUUCUGGUGACAAGGACGGCAAGGUCGAACAUAUUAUUAGGCUAGAGCAGUGCCCGAUGUGUCAAUCGCCGAUUCCUGAAGAGAUCUGUGACCUGGAUUUGCUUUCUCAUGUCGCUCUUUGUGCUGAAGGUGAUCAACGCAAGAUUGAUGCCCUAAUCAUGGGAGGCUUCUUGACAGAAGUAUAUCCAAGUAAAAAAUGGUUUACCAAGGUCUUGUCGUUUGUGCCUUUCCAAGGGUAUUCAGGCAGUGAUAAUUCUAUUUUGGUUGUUGAUCGUAAAACGGGAUCUCUGGUCAAGGAAAAAAUCCCAAGUUACAUUCGUGUUGGGAUAAGAUUGUUGUACCAGAGCGCUAUCUCGAGAAGUGCUGUUCGAACCAAGGCUAUACGGAAAAUGCUCAAGAGUCUCUCCAUCAAACAAGGUCGGAAGUUUGAUGAUCCAUCCAGUGCAGCUGAUAUUCCUGGAUUCAUUGAGUAUCAUAAACUCAACAUGAGAGAAGUCCUCGAACCAAUUGAAAACUUCCAAACAUUCAAUCAAUUCUUUUAUCGCAAAUUGAAGCCUGGUGCCCGUGUCUUGGCAUCUCCAAGUCCGAGAGUGGCAGUAUGUCCAGCAGAUUGUCGAUUAACUGCUUUUGUAUCCGUCAAAGACGCAACCAAGCUGUGGAUUAAAGGACGUGAAUUUACUAUUGCUGCGUUGUUAAAGGAUGAUGCUAUGGCAAGACGAUUUGCCGGUGGAUGUGUAUCGAUAUGCCGUUUGGCGCCUCAAGACUAUCACCGAUUCCAUUCGCCGGUCGAUGGUGUGGUCUCCAAAAUGAAGAAGAUAGAGGGUGACUACUAUACAGUUAAUCCAAUGGCUGUUAGGACUACUGUUGAUGUGUAUACGGAUAACGUGCGAUUGGUGACCUACAUAGAAAGUGACAAUUUCGGAACAGUAGCAUACAUUUGUGUGGGUGCCAUGUUGGUUGGAAGUAUUGUGCCGACUGUUGUUGAAGGACAGUGGAUUAAGAGGAUGGACGAAAUCGGAUACUUUGCUUUUGGAGGAAGCACGAUCAUUGUCCUCUUUGAGCCUGGUCGAUGCAAGUAUGAUGAUGAUUUGUUGAGCAAUUCCAGAAAAGAUUUGGAGACUUUCGUUAAAGUUGGAGAGACUCUUGGACGUGGUAAAGCUGCAACAUAA